UGUGUAGCAAUCAACCGCAUUUUCGUACUCCAAUUGUUUAUGCCACGACACAGGUCGCGGGUACGAGUAACAGGAAAAUCAGUAGUAGUAAAGAUACUUGUUACUUGUUAUGGGUAAUACUUCAUAGCAAAAAGGUGCAACGGAGCACGCUCACAGCUUUGCACCUCUAAGAACAUCCUUAAUAGCACAUUUCGCUGAAACAGGGAGGGCAUUUUGCAAAGCCUGAUUGUGACUGUGAACCAUGGAAUUGUUUGUUGCGGCUUUGCUGCUAUCUCUGCCUGCUGUUUUGAUGGCCCAGGAGACCACUGAUGUUGAAACAAAAGCGCAGAUUGAAUGGAGUGAUUUCUGGAUGAUGCGCUUGUUCUUCAAUUUGAUAGGCUAUGCUACCAUUUUUGUCCCUGGUUUCCUGAUCAUCAGACAUUUGCGAAAAAUCAAGUACAACGAAACUGCCGGUAACUCAACUAAUGGGAACAGUACCAAGGGUCCUGGCUGUAUUCAGAAUUUUAUGGUCCUGUGUGUCUUUGGGAAGGAGCAGCAUGUCAGUUUAGAAGAAGGAGGCAGCAAAUCCAGCAGUUCAGACUCACAAGAUGAGUCCUUCACCAAGCGAACGAUACGUUUGCUCAUCUGUGUUGCUGGCUUGCAGGGUUCGUACCUGACCUGGGGCAUCUUACAAGAGCGCAUCAUGACACUGGAGUAUGGCAGCACAGCCACGUCUUCUGGGGAGUUUUUCAAGAACUCGCAGUUCCUUGUCUUCAUCAACCGCAUCCUGGCCUUUAUCAUGGCCCUGCUGGUCAUCUUCUUCCGCAAGCAGCCAGCCCACACAGCCCCCUUGUACAAAUACUCGUUCAGUUCCUUCUCCAACAUCAUGUCCUCCUGGUGUCAGUAUGAGGCUCUCAAGUUUGUUAGUUUCCCCACUCAGGUGCUAGCCAAAGCGUCCAAAGUGAUUCCUGUAAUGUUGAUGGGGAAGGUUGUUUCUCGUAAGACAUAUGAGUAUCACGAGUAUGUGACGGCUGUGAUGAUCUCUGUUGGCGUGUCCUUGUUCCUGCUGACCAGUGGCGACGCGACACGGCACAAAGACAGCGUGACAACUUAUUCAGGGCUGGUCAUGCUGGUGGGCUAUAUGCUGUUUGACAGCUUCACCUCAAACUGGCAGGGGGCUCUGUUUACUCAGUAUAAAAUGUCUAGUAUCCAGAUGAUGGCAGGCGUCAACAUGUUCUCAUGUCUGUUGACCAGCGUCUCUCUAAUUGAGCAAGGUGGGUUUUUUGAGUCUUCAGCCUUCAUGUUCCGACACCCAGAGUUUAUGGUGGACGCCAUCAUUCUCAGUAUCUGCUCCGCAAGUGGUCAGCUUUUCAUCUUCUACACAAUUGCACAGUACGGCCCUGUGGUGUUUGUGAUCAUCAUGACAGUACGGCAGGGGUUUGCGAUCCUCCUCUCCUGUGUUAUCUACGGCCACCCAGUCACUGUCAUUGGGUUCUUUGGCGUCCUCAUCGUUUUUGCAGCCUUGUUUCUUAGAAUAUAUGCCAACCAGAGACAGAGAGCCUUGAAGAGGGCAGCUGCUGCAGCUAUUCCUUUGUCCAGUGUUGAAACCUCAGAAAAGGCGUGAAUUUAAUUUUGUUGGUAGUUGCUUCUCUGGGUUUUUUUUAAUGUAGUUAUGGGAAAAAUUAUAUUUUUACACCAGUAUUUGGUGAGCUAAAGCUGAAGUAUGUGUUGUGUCUGUGUAUUUGAGUGAGUUUAUCAGUGAAAUAAUUGAAUGCUAGUCAGUGUAUUAACCCCUUCCUGAUGUAAUUUUUUUUCAACUUGCUCUGUGCCCAAUUUUUUUGCUAACCAUGAGGGUGAACAGUUUCAGCCUCUUUUCAGUCCCUUUCACAAUUUAAGAUUUAUAUGAUUUGCUCAUUUUUGUAUUUGCAGAUUUUGAAUUUUUUAUCAUUUUUGCGGUAAAUUUUCUUUGAAAGCUAUAGUAGAACAAUUAUGAAAUCCUGUAUGGCACAUUUUAGGAUGUAUGUUGUAAGGGAGGAAGGCAUCUUGGCUCACGAUGUUCAAUGUAUGGUGUAUGGGAGCUGUCAGGAAGGGGUUAAACAGAAACAAAAAGUUCCUCAAAAUCCAGUGAAGCCUGGGAUGAUGUUUUUGAGGAUCAGAGUGGAUCUUUCCGAUUUGUUGUUAAAUAAUCAUAGAUUUUCGAAGGCCGUAACAAAAUCUGACUCAUUUGUUUAAAGCUUGUAGUACAUCACCAAAGAAUUUUUGUCAAUAGCAAUAGUAAUCCAUUUAUUACUUUCUUUUCUUUAUUGAAGAGGAUAGUGCAUCUGUUCUAAAGGUUAGUUGUUACGUGAAAAGGUAUUGAACUCGGAGUAGUAGUUGUAGCAAAGGUCAAAAGGUGACCCCUUUCUGAGGGUAAAAAUGAGAGACGCAACAAAACCAGAACAAAAUCCUUUUCGAGCUGAUUUUUCUGUAGGGAAAAGAAAAACCCAAAGAAAUAUUGUAUAAUAGGGUUCACGUCUAUUUGGUGUUUUUCCCGAGUUUUAAUGUGUUGAAGUUGACAAUAUGCAUAGAUCUAAUGAGUCUCUGACGCAGCAUACUGUAAGGGCAAUUUUGAAAUCCUGAUUAUAUGGAAGUUUUUACAAAUUAGCAAGAAAAUGUAUUGCUUUUCAUGGAAGAGUAAACAAAUAUGAAUGGUUCCAUCUAAUACUGAAUUUGUGGCUACAUCAUAAUUCUUUUUCCUAUACAUAGCAAUAUAUUUAGCAUACUCCGUUCCCAAUCUCAAUAACGAUCCAUUACUUUACUGUGCAAACUUGAAGCAUAGAGUUUUUAAAGUACUUGCACAGCAGUAUCAAUUUAGGUGAAACAGGUGAAAAGUGUUGGUAAUCAGUUUCACUAUUGACAAUCUUAAAGUUUGAAUUACUCAAGCCUUCCUUUGAUGUGUAAAUACACUGAUGAACUCAAAUUUUGAUGGAAAUUCAGCUGCUUGACUGAAGGUUACAAUAGGCUACAUUUUAGCAUGUGUAUUAGAUAUUCUCAUUAUAUUUAUAUCUCAAGAGGUUCUUGAACCUCUAUUUUAUCAGGGUUCUGGAACUAGUUAUGUCCAUCAAGUUUACUCUUUAAAGUUAAAUAGAAUUUGUACAAUUUUUUGUUUGUUAUUCAGUAUUUAUAGUUUUGUACACUCUGAUGCUCAUAACAUUCCAAAUCAUUGUUUUUACGAUCUCAGUAAAUACAAAGUCUGAAACAUGAUUUUCUUUAAGAUUUCUGUAUUUUGAAAAGAUUUCUUUUCACUGGUACUAGAAACGCAAUAGUUGAAUAAGGCCCAUAUUCUUUUGUAGCUCAGUCUAACAAAAUGGGCCCAAUUUUGCAUUGGUAUGUACUAUUUGGCAUAUGUGUACUUUAUUUAUUUAUCUUUUUUUUUUUAUCCAAAAAAUAAUGUCUCUGGUUGACUGGUUUCUGUUUCUGUAUAAUAUCAAGUAUUCUAAUGUGUUUGCAACUUGAUGUUCUGUUGGUAUUACCUUUUCACUGUGCUUUAUUUUUGGUGCCUUAGACAGGGAAUCUCGUAAUGAAUAAUGGUGAGCUUGGGAUCAGGUUUUGAGGCUGUAUGCUAGACAUUUAAGCAUAAAUCAUACCUUUUGGAAUGAGACUGAUGUUUGGAUUUUGUGACAGAAACAUAUGUCCUCUGUUGUUAAUAUGUCUGGAAUCAUAGACACAUAGGCUUGACCAAACUGCUUGCAAGUGGUAAUUGAGUUUUUACCAGAACGUACUGAGGUAAAAAGUAAAUAAAUAAACAAAUCAACUUUCUUCAGCUAAGGUGAAGUUCUAUUUUGAGGCCUAAAUAACAAAUUUCACCCAAAAAAAUAUGCAUUACUUUUUUCUGUCAUAAUAGUUGUGAACUAGCAACUAUAAGCUAUUGAUUAUGUAAAGUAUCUUGGACAAGAGAUGUAGGCCUACUUAAGAAUAAAACUCCUGAAUAUAAACAACUGAUGAAUAAAAGAACAUUCACUCAUUGGUGCUCCUCCCUGAUGUUCUGAGCAAUUUCUGAGUGAACCAAUGGGGUUGAGGGCAACUCCAAAAAAAGAUAAAUGAAAGAAAUGUCUCUUUCAUCUGUCAUCACAGUUUAUUAACGUUUUUGCUGCUUAUUCAGAAUUGAAUGACGUAUUAGUGAGUGUGUAAGCUUUUAUCCCAAUGUGUGUAUAAAUUAUACAAUAGCUGUGAUGUUUGUUCUUGAUAUAGCAAUGAGACUUUAACAUGGUACUGGGAAUUUCUGUAUCACUAUUGUCAUGAAAAUAAGAACCACUGUCAGCAAUAUCAAUGAUGAACUAGAUAUUUGAGCACUCUUUUGAUCAAAACCCAAUAACAACUGUAAAGUUUCUAGAUUGGAAAAUCAUUUUGGGACUGCGAUCGUACUUUCUCCACUACUAGAGGCCAUUGCGAAAAAACAAACUUCAAUAACACUAGGCAUAGGAAACGCACCGAAAAUCAAAUAUACUACUGUAUUCAUAAAAAAUAAUGCUAUGAGAAAACCUAUAAAUGUCAAAAGAGUGCUUUCCCUUUACGCAUGUUAAUAUUGAUAAGAGCAGGGACAUCCUUUUACCAAACUAUUAGCUUCUUAAAGAUACGAUAUAUCACAACGUGGUGGAAUCGAAGGCUCGUCAAAUUUUUGACAUAUAGAAAUUUCAUUAUUUUGACCAACGCCUGAUUUCACCAUGAUGUCUCACAUAUUAGCUUUGCGAGAAUACUCAUCAACUGCACACAGGAACCAGGCGUGCAAGAAUUCUCAUCAGUAGCACUGUAUGAGUUAAACAAUCAUUUUACAAGGCAGACUGAUCAUAGGACAUGUUGUUGUUAUAUCAUCAUAUGAUGUUGGACUCUGCUUUGAGCUGCUCAUUUUUCUAUGUGACAGCGGUGAUAUAUAUCACAGAUGCUGACCAUUCAUCAAUUUCUGGAAGUCAGAAUAUGGCAGAUUUUAAUGUACCGUAUGAGACGAAAUUCUGAACGUCCGCAUUAGCAGCGAAGGAGUAAAAGCUAAAGGCCACAAAUUGUCUCAUGCUGUAAAUUCUUUCCCAGUGGAGCAAUGUUUGAAUAAAAUUCUUCAUCAAUUUGUGAUCCACUGAAGUACUGUCCCUUUGCAACAUGGUUUCUUCUUGGGGGUCUGUCUGACUUUGUCUCUUUCAGUAUUCAAGUCAUAUUUUUAUGAACAGUAUUUAUAUUAUUUAUCGUUUCUUCUUAGCGUUUUUUCUUUUUUUUUCUUUUUAAUUACGACUCAAGAAUAACAAGGUUUUAACUCAAAAUUUUUAAAUUUUAAAAUGUUUAAUGUUUAGAGUGUCUGAGGCCUUGCCCUGAACCCCUUCUACAUCAUAUAUUAAAAAAAAGUUAAAACUCCUAUUCCUUUUUCUUCUGAGAUUAAAAAUAAUAUGGUGAAUUAAGCCUAUGUUCUUUGUUGGAGGGAGAUAAAGUGUGUGAAAAAUUUGAACUCAAAUUUCUGAAAAGUUAAUGUAACUGAAAUAGAACCUUGUUAUUCCAGGGUCAUGGAAUACCUUUUACAGCUACUUGUCUGUGAUAAUAUUAUGUUUUUCUUCAUGAGUGUAUACAUGGGUGCGUGUUGGUGGGAAAUUAUUUGUUCAGAUCUGGGAAAAGCCAGUAGUAAAUAUAUGUUGGGUCUGUUGCUGAAAUCAUCUUUGUCUAAGAAAGUCCAUUCUCUUUUUAAAGUGGCAUAUCAAAGACAGUAAUGAAAGGAUUAGUAUGUGGAUAGUGAGAAUGCAAUGGAAAGAUGAUGAUGGGGUUGUUUUCAUAAGUCUAUAGAUCUGUUAUUGUUGUUUUUUUAAGAAGGCUUAAGAUUAAAGCAUAUUUUUGUAAAGUGCUUAUGUUUACGUUAUCCUGCAAUGUUGUUGGUACACUGACAUUUUAUGAUAUUAGUUAUUGGUUCUUGCCUUUUUCUGUUUACUUAUCUUUAAACGAAACUUUUAUAUAGAAGUUCCUGUAUUAAGACUGUGUUUAGAUCUUUUCUCCAUAUUGCUUAUGGGAGCACAUGCAGAGUUAACUUAAAACUUAUUUGCGUUUCCAGUUUUUAAUGUAGCAGGCUUCUGGCAUUGUGCAUGUAAAAUGUUAAACGAUUGUUGUUGUUUUGUUUUUUUCAAUAAGCUUUAAUUCAAAAUGAGUUCAGCUAAUCAUCCAUUGUUUAAACGUAUGAAAUAUAAAUGUAGAGAUUCCAUAGAGAUUCCUUCUUGAAUUGAGAAUGAGCGACACCGAUAAUAUGAAAGUGUCCAAAAUCUUUCUUGAUCAAUGAAGUAUCUAUCAUCAGUAGCUGAUGUUUUCUAGAAAUAUUUUCCUGUUUUGUAAAAAAAAA